AAAGUCUCAAAACAAUAUGUAUCAUAAAAUACAAUCAAACUUAACUAUGCAUAAGUUGCGCUAAAAGUGAUUAAAUUAUUCUAAUAACUACGCCAAAAAGUAACAUAAAUCAUAAAGUUACAAAAUUAACUUUGUACAAAAACGAAUUGAAAAUCUCUACUUUGUGCCAUAUCUAUUAUAUCUAUCCAUAACAUAAACAUAAAACAAAUUGGAAUUUAGAUACAAUUAAAAGCAAUGGCAGACUUGGAAGCUGUGCUGGCUGAUGUCAGCUAUUUGAUGGCGAUGGAAAAGUCGAAAUGCACACCUGCCGCAAGAGCCAGCAAAAAGCUAAUAUUACCAGAUCCCAGUGUCCGAAGCGUAAUGUACAAAUAUCUGGAAAAGGAAAAUGAACUUAAUUUCCACAAUAUAUUUAAUCAGAUUUUAGGAUACUUGUUAUUCAAAGACUUUUGUGAGAACGACUCCGAGGAACCUAUACAACAACUUAAGUUUUAUGAACAGAUAAAAAAUUUUGAAAAAACCGAGUGCUACGACGAAAGAAGGAAGUUAGCUAGAGAAGUAUAUGACAACUUUAUCAUGGAAGAAAUGUUGUCUCACACUUAUGAAUACUCUAAAGAUGCAGUUGCUAACGUUCAAAAGUAUUUAUUAAAAAAUGAAGUUCCUGUGGAUUUAUUUGAACCAUACAUGGAGGAAAUUUUUAGUCAACUUAAAGGCCGACCAUUCAAGAAAUUUUUAGAAAGUGAUAAGUUUACAAGAUUCUGUCAAUGGAAGAAUUUGGAGCUCAAUAUUCAAUUGUCAAUGAAUGACUUUAGCGUACAUAGAAUAAUUGGACGUGGGGGCUUUGGAGAGGUUUAUGGAUGUCGAAAAGCGGACACAGGCAAAAUGUAUGCGAUGAAAUGCUUGGAUAAGAAGCGCAUUAAAAUGAAACAGGGCGAAAUGUUAGCGUUAAAUGAACGUAACAUGUUGCAAGCAGUUAGUACUGGAAUCGACUGCCCAUUUAUUGUGUGCAUGACAUAUGCAUUUCACACGCCUGAUAAGCUGUGCUUUAUAUUAGAUUUAAUGAACGGAGGUGAUUUACACUAUCAUCUCUCUCAACAUGGAGUUUUUAGCGAAGAUGAAAUGAAGUUCUAUGCUGCAGAGGUUAUACUAGGUCUGGAGCAUAUGCAUAAGCGUUGCAUUGUGUAUCGCGACUUAAAACCCGCUAAUAUACUGCUCGAUGAAAACGGACACAUUCGCAUUUCGGAUUUGGGCUUAGCAUGUGACUAUUCUAGGAAAAAGCCCCAUGCUUCAGUUGGAACACACGGCUAUAUGGCACCAGAAGUGUUAUCAAAAGGAACAUCUUAUGAUUCAUGUGCUGAUUGGUUUAGCUUUGGUUGCAUGCUUUACAAGCUCCUCAAAGGACAUUCUCCUUUUCGGCAGCACAAAACCAAAGAUAAACAUGAAAUUGACAGAAUGACAUUAACGAUGUCCCCGCAGAACGUUGAGCUCCCGGAUUCAUUUUCGUCGGAGCUGAGAAAUUUAUUGGAAAUGCUUCUGCAAAGAGACGUACCAAAGCGUCUUGGCUGCAUGGGAAAUGGAGCUGAUGAAGUGAAAAUGCAUAACUUCUUCUCUGGAAUUGACUGGCAUCAAGUUUAUAUACAAAAAUACACUCCACCUUUAGUGCCACCGCGAGGUGAGGUGAAUGCUGCCGACGCCUUUGAUAUUGGGUCGUUCGAUGAAGAAGAUACUAAGGGUAUUAAAUUGAAUGACACCGAUCAAGAUUUAUACAAGCAUUUUUCAUUAACCAUUUCCGAAAGAUGGCAACAGGAAGUAGCUGAAACAGUAUUUGAAACAAUUAAUAUUGAAACGGAUAAAGUCGAGCAAAAGAAGAAAGCGAAACAGAAGCAACAUUUUGAUGCAGAUGAAAAGGAAUCGGACUGCAUACUACACGGGUAUAUUAAAAAAUUGGGUGGAUCAUUUGCAUCCAUCUGGCAAACAAAAUACGCUAAACUGUAUCCAAAUCGCUUGGAGCUAUAUUCAGAGAGCGGAAAUAAUAAACCAGAAUUAAUAUUUUUGGACCAAGUCGAGGAUGUUUCAUCUGAUUUUAUACAGUAUAAAAAUGAGCAAUGCAUUCAAAUACGUCUAAGUGAUGGCAGCAGAGAUGGUAGAAUUAUUCUAACAAAUUCAGAUGAGAUUGGUUUAAAGGAAUGGGCGCUAUCAUUAAGAUCAGCGCAUAAAUUAUCCCAAGAUCUUUUAGGAUCUAUGGCAAAGAAAGCUGGCAAAAUAUAUGGUAGUGAGCGAGACGCUAACAAAUCAAUGUAUAUUUUGGGUGGAAACUGUUCAACCAAAUCAUCAAAUGGCCCGAAUUAAAUUAGAAAUUAGACUAUAUUAAUGGCAUAGAAUACAGCGAUUCCUGAUCCGUGGAACAACUCAAAACAAAUUCAAUCAAUGUGCAAUGAACCCCAAAUAAAAGAAAAACACAACUGGUAUCAUCAAAC